AUGACCUUCAGCUCAUAUGAGAUAGUCACCCCCAAGUUGCAGGAGGCAAGUUUGAAUUUUGUGGUUUCUGAGGUGACUGAUGAAGCCAAUGUGCAGACUUUGCCACAGGUGGAGCAGGAGGACCCUGAUGAGAUGGGCAAUUCCUCACCCCCACGUGAGGAAAGUCCCUCACCCCCUCGUGAGGACAGUUCCUCACCCCCUCGUGAGGACAAUCCUACACUUCCACGUGAGGAUGGUCCCUUACCCCCUCGUGAGGAAGUCCACAACAACCCCUCACCCCCUCAUGAGGACAAUCCUACACCUCCAUGUGAGGACGGUCCCUCACCCCCUCGUGAGGAUGGUCCCUCACCCCCUCGUGAGGAAUGUCCCUCACCCCCUCGUGAGGAUGGUCCCUCACCCCCUCGUGAGGACGGUCCCUCACACCCACGUGAGGACGGUCCCUCACCCCCUCGUGAGGACAACCCCACACCCCCUCGUGAGGACAGUUCCUCUCCGGCUUGUGAGGAAUGUCCCACACCCCCACGUGAGGACGGUCCCUCACCCCCUCGUGAGGACAGUUCCUCACCCCCUCGUGAGGACGGUUCCUCACCCCCUCGUGAGGAAAGUCCCUCACCCCCUCGUGAGGAAUGUCCCUCACCCCCUCGUGAGGAAAGUCCCUCACCCCCUCGUGAGGACGGUUCCUCACCCCCUCGUGAGGAAAGUCCCUCACCCCCUCGUGAGGACGGUUCCUCACCCCCUCGUGAGGACGGUCCCUCACCCCCUCAUGAGGACGGUUCCUCACCCCCUCGUGAGGACAACCCCACACCCCCUCGUGAGGACAGUCCCUCACCCCCUCGUGAGGACGGUCCCUCACCCCCACGUGAGGACGGUCCCUCACACCCUCAUGAGGAAUGUCCCUCACUCCCACGUGAGGACGGUUCCUCACCCCCUCGUGAGGACGGUCCCUCACCCCCUCGUGAGGACGGUCCCUCACCCCCUCGUGAGGACGGUCCCUCACCCCCUCGUGAGGACGGUCCCUCACCCCCUCGAGAGGACGGUCGCUCACCCCCUCGUGAAGACAACCCCACACCCCCUCGUGAGGACGGUUCCUCACCCCCACGUGAGGAAAGUCCCUCACCCCCUCGUGAGGACAGUUCCUCUCCCCCUCGUGAGGACGGUUCCUCACCCCCACGUGAGGAAAGUCCCUCACCCCCUCGUGAGGACGGUCCCUCACCCCCUCGUGAGGACGGUUCCUCACCCCCUUGUGAGGAAAGUCCCUUACCCCCUUGUGAGGACAGUUCCUCACCCCCUCGUGAGGACGGUUCCUCUCCCCCUCGUGAGGACGGUUCCUCACCCCCACGUGAGGAAAGUCCCUCACCCCCUCGUGAGGACAGUUCCUCUCCCCCUCGUGAGGACAGUUCCUCACCCCCUCGUGAGGACAAUCCUACACUUCCACGUGAGGAUGGUCCCUUACCCCCUCGUGAGGAAGUCCACAACAACCCCUCACCCCCUCAUGAGGACAAUCCUACACCUCCAUGUGAGGACGGUCCCUCACCCCCUCGUGAGGAUGGUCCCUCACCCCCUCGUGAGGAAUGUCCCUCACCCCCUCGUGAGGAAUGUCCCUCACCCCCUCGUGAGGAUGGUCCCUCACCCCCUCGUGAGGACGGUCCCUCACACCCACGUGAGGACGGUCCCUCACCCCCUCGUGAGGACAACCCCACACCCCCUCGUGAGGACAGUUCCUCUCCGGCUUGUGAGGAAUGUCCCUCACCCCCACGUGAGGACGGUCCCUCACCCCCUCGUGAGGACGGUUCCUCACCCCCUCGUGAGGACGGUUCCUCACCCCCUCAUGAGGAAAGUCCCUCACCCCCUCGUGAGGAAUGUCCCUCACCCCCUCGUGAGGAAAGUCCCUCACCCCCUCGUGAGGACGGUUCCUCACCCCCUCGUGAGGAAAGUCCCUCACCCCCUCGUGAGGACUGUUCCUCACCCCCACGUGAGGAAAGUCCCUCACCCCCUCGUGAGGACAGUUCCUCACCCCCUCGUGAGGACAAUCCUACACCUCCAUGUGAGGACGGUCCCUCACCCCCUCGUGAGGAAUGUCCCUCACCCCCUCGUGAGGACGGUCCCUCACCCCCACGUGAGGACGGUCACUCACCCCCACGUGAGGACAACCCCACACCCCCUCGUGAGGACAGUUCCUCUCCGGCUUGUGAGGAAUGUCCCACACCCCCUCGUGAGGACGGUCCCUCACCCCCUCGUGAGGACGGUCACUCACCCCCACGUGAGGACGGUCCCUCACCCCCAUGUGAGGAUGGUCCCUCACACCCACGUGAGGACAACCCCACACCCCCUCAUGAGGACGGUCCCUCACCCCCUCGUGAGGACAGUUCCUCACCCCCUCGUGAGGAAGUCCACAACAACCCCACACCCCCUCGUGAGGACAGUUCCUCACCCCCUCGUGAGGAGAACCCCACACCCCCUCGUCAGGACAUCCCCACAAUCCCACUUGAGGACGGAUUUGGUGCUAUUGACAAGGCCAGCGGUUAUUGUUCAUCCCUAAUUGGUCUUGAGAAAGUGAUGCACCUGGCUUUGGAUGAUGCCCUCAAGGAGCUAGAUGGUUUAGCUGUGAAUUGUGUCAUCGAGCCAUUCAUAACAGCCAUCCAGGCUGACUGGCUAAUAGGCCAAAAGCAAGGACACUGGUGGAAUGAUGAAGUGCAGAGAAAAGCAGCAAAUAGGAUUCAAUUUGAAGAAAUAUAUGAUAAAGCACUUGGUUAA